CACGGCUCCAUUGAGAGCGCGGAGCCGGCGGGAGCAGACCGGGAGCGGGACCGGAGCGGACGGGAGGCGAUGAGCUGCGGCGAGCUUUUCCAGGUGUACAGCGCGAGGGCCGUCGCCCCCCCGGCCAUGCCCGUGGACCUGGCCGUGCGGCUCUGCCUGAGCCACUCGCCCCCCAUCCGCAAGCUGCUGAAUUCCUACGAGGAGCUGCGGGGCAACCGGGGGCGCAAACCCCUCCGAUCCUGCCUCAACCAGAAGCCAAGUGCAGAACCCGAGCCCGAGCGGCGAGAUAGCACCAAGAGCUCCAAGGGCCAGAAGAAGAAGAGAGUGGUGUUUGCCGACAUGAAGGGGCUGUCGCUGACGGCUGUCCGCUUCUUCUCAAAGAUUGAGGAGGAUCUCUGUGACUUGCAGCAUGCCCUGUCUGACCUCGCCUGCUUCCGACCUAGGCUGCGGGACUCGCGCCCAGAAGCGUGCAGGUACGUGCUGGACUUCCCACAGCCCUCUGCGGACUACAUGACUUUCCGCAGCCGCCUACACAGCAACCAUGUCUGCCUGGAGAACUGCCUGAUCCAGGACCGUGCCCUGUCAGGGACAGUGAAGGUCAGAAACAUCGAGUAUGAAAAGAAAGUGAUGGUCCGCAUCACCUUCGAUGGCUGGAAGAGCUUCCGGGACAUCUCCUGCCAGUACAUGCACAGCACAUACGGCUCAGCCGACACAGACACCUUCUGUUUUGAGCUUGCCCUGCCCAAGCCAUCUCUAUCCCGCAGGGCCACAGAGUUCUGCAUCUCCUUCCAGUGUGGACAGAAGACCCACUGGGACAACAACCACGGCAGGAACUAUAAGAUCUGCCCCAUGGGCAUGAUCCGCCCUCCCUCCCAUGCCCUGAAGAGUGCCAGUGGGGCGUGGGACCAUCUUGGCACCUCUCGGGCUGCCACCCUGGUCCUUUCUCACCUGCAGACCUGGCGACGCUCAGAGCCCCAGGCUCCUUAUUGGUAGCAAGGCUGUGGGUGAGAGGCAUAGGUCCCUUCCGCAUCCCGGCUGUGGUGCAGGGGGCUUUGGGGAGGGGUCAGCUGCUGAAGACACCGCUCACAUGUGUCUGGCCUGCUGCUGUAUGAGCAGCUGCGAGUCUCCAUCAAAGCUUCUUCCCUGCUGGCUCCUGCCAUAGAGGCUGGAAGCUGCCGCUUGCUCUAACUCCUGCCCGUAGGUUCUUGAGGUGACUGUGACAGUUGGGGAGCAACAGAGGGAGGGCUGUGGACCAUGAGCCGCGUCCGUCUGUGGGCUGCUUCAGGCAGGACUGACAGCUCCUGGUGCUGCCCGAGUGCCUUGUGCGGAGCUGCCGGGGCAGAGCUGGUGCUCCCAGCCUGCGGCAGUGGUGCCAGCAGCAGGGCCCGCUGCUUCCUGCGGCAGGCGCUCCCCGGGCCCCGCUCCCAAGGGGGGGCUCACGGGGGGACACCGAGCGUGCGCGGGCGCCUCCGGGCUUUGGUGCUGUAACGGGGAGUCAAUAAAGUGGCGGCGCUUCGCGA